AUGGACCAAGAGCAGAAGGUCUUUACAUAUGUAUGCAUACAAUGCCCGUCCCUGAGGGAGCUAAAACUCAAGGAUCCCAUCAGGUGCACGGAGUGUGGAAACAGGGUUCUUCGGAAGAAAAGGACUGACGAGGUGGUGCAGCUGGAUGCCGUCUAA